AAGCGCAAGACUUUGCUCAGCACUGUCAGACUCCGAAAUUGAAAUCGAUCAAAUACCUCCAAGGAAGCCCGUCAAAAAACCACCGAACAGCCCAAGGUCACGUUACGUUACAAUGUCAGACUCCGACAUUGAUAUCAAAAAAAUACCUCCGAUGAAGCCCGUCAAAAAACCACCGAACAGCCCAACAGAAGAUUUACUAAUUGCUCGUGAAAAAAAGGUUACGACAAAAGCUAUGAUCCACGAAGCUUUGACAGAACUUAAAACGAGAAAAGGAGUUUCAAUACAAGCCAUCAAGAAGUACAUGGAAGAAAAAUAUUAUGUUCAAACGGAUAAACUCAAGUAUCUGAUCAAAAAAACCUUGAAGACUGGUGUUGAAGAUGGCAGUAUAGUGCAACUGAAAGGCAUCGGAGCGUCAGGAUCUUUCAAGUUAGCGCCUGUUAAAGAAAAAAUUAAAAAGAAACCUAAAACCAAGAAAGAAAAACCUAAAACGGAAAAAAGUACUAAAGAGAAAUCAAAAGAUAAACCCACGAAAGAUAAAAAAGAGAAAAUGGUGAAGGAAAAAGCUAUUAUAGAUAAAGUAAAGGCUGCGAAAAAAAUCAAGAUGGAUGUAAAAGAUAAGGAAAAGAAGAUGGAAAAACCGAAAGAUAAAAAGAAAGCUGAUUUGAAAGAGAAGAAAACUAAACCGGCGGCAACUUCAGCUAAGAAGAAAGCAACCAUGAUGAAGAGGAAAAGCAUAGGAUCUAUCAUUAAACCGCCCAAGAUGAAGCCGAAAUUAAAAGCUUAACUAUAGAUUUGGAAAGCGUCUUAUACAGCUGAAGGAGAGAAAUUCUAGAAAGUGAAAAGUUACCAGAGAACAUUAAUUGUGACGAAUUGACUGUGACUUAUUUUUGCUUUCUUUUUGACAAAGCAUCGCGAGUUGUUUUUAAUUUGCUAUGCGAAUUACUAUUAAAAUCUUGUUGUAAUUCAACUUAUGUAAUAUAUGUAUAGUAAAAUUUAUAUUUAGUGAUUUUAAUGAUAAUCAACAUGUGUCUACUCUAUAUUGAACUUUGUAUUGUAUAAGAUGGUGCAAUAUUGCAAUGCGAAUUAUUAUAAAAAUGUGCAAUGGGACUCGUUAAUUGAAAUGUUGAAUAAUGCGAAUUUGUAACAUAUGUCGAUAAGUGUAUAGCCGUGUAAAUAAAAGAGUAUAAUGCACUAAAA